GAUGUAUGGGGCAGAUCUACAGUGACCUUGAUGAUGAAGUCUCCUAUCUAUACCUGGAUGAAGAAGAAUUUUUUGAAGAGGAAGACCAAGUCGUUGCCUGUGAUGAAAUCUACAAUGAUCAGAUAGCCUUGUACUGCUGGCCCAGGUUUCAUGCCACCAUCACAACUACAGCUGAGGGUACUCGUUGCCUCUGGAAAAUGAUUGGCAGCAUAUAUAGUGAACUUGUCAUUUGCACUGGGCUAUUGGCUGAAAUUAUGGAUUGCCCUGUGUCCAGCCCCACCCUAGAUGCCUUCUUUGUGAGAAUCCACGCUGAGUACUUUGCCAAAUGCUCCUUGCUUACCAGGACCCUUGUCCUUCAGGCACCAGCAGGAACAGUCACAGUUUUGGUUUCCUUGCUUGUCUGCUUGGUACCCCUCUCUGUUGCUCUUACGCUCUGCAAGGUUUGA